GGGGGGGCUGGGACCCCCCCCGGGGAUCGGGGUGCGGGGCUGGAACCCCCUCAGUGUGGGGCUGGGGUGUCCAAGGGAUUGGGGUGCUGGGCCGGGACCCCCCCUCCCCCUCCCCCGUUGAGGGACAGGGGACCCCCCGGGAUCGGGGUGCGUGGGUGGGGGUUCCCCGGGUGGGGGGCAUGGGGGGUCCCCCCGUCUGGCCCCCCCCCCAGGCCGGGCCGUGCCCGCGCCGUCGGUGCCAUCCCCGGUGGCACAAAGCCCCGGCUGUGCCUGGCACCGGCGGGUGCCGUCCCCGGGCGCUGGCCGGUGCCACCCGGGCGCCCCGCCGGGGGUCGGGGACACGGGUGGGGUCCGUGGGUCACCCCCCCGCUCGCCGCCAGGCAGCCCCUGUGCCGGCGCCGCGGGCCGAGGCGGAGGCGAUGGCCGAGGAGCGAGAUGUCCGCUUCGUCACCGAGGAGAGCUUCGACUUCGGGUUCCUGUCCCCUUCCGACAGCCAGGAGGAAGAGGAGGAUGAGGAGAGCCCGGCCGGGGCGGGGGCCAGGGGGGGCAGCGGGCGCUGGAGCCCCCUGAGCGGUGCCCGGCUGGAGGAGAUGGUGCGGGAGGCCACUCGCCUGGCGGCACAGCUGGAGCAAUGUCACCUGCCCCCCCCGAUCCCCUCCGGCCCCCCCUCCGCCCACCGCAGCCCCCGCAGCCCCCGCCGCGAGACCUUCGUGGUGAAGGACAGCCCCGUGCGGGCGCUGCUGCCCACCGUGGAGCCGCGGGGGCCCCCCACCGCCACCGCCCGGCCCCCCGCCAAGCCCCGGGGUGCCCCCGCUGCCGCCAACGUCCCCGGCACCCGAAAGGUGUCACCCCAGCUGUCACGCCACAGCGGUGCCGAAGGGACCCCCCGGGGCCAGGGUGCCCCCCCCCCAGCCGGGUGGGCCCCCCCCGUCCUUGCCCUCCCCAGGGGCAGGGGGCUGGGACCCGAGGCAAGUCGGAGCCCCUCCAGGCGGGGACAGCAGGCCAGCCGAAGGUGAGGGGGGGUGCUGCCCUUUGCCCCCCCGUCGCCCGCCAGCCCCGUGCCAGGGCCACCGCUGUCCCCGUCCCCUCUGGCCGUCCCCUCGUGCCCAGCGCCAUCCCCAGGGCGCCAGGCCGGACCCCGGUGGGUGCACCUGCACCCAGAGGAGCGGGGGCGGCGCGGGCGGCCCCCCGGCCUGCUGGCUCAGGGUGCAAACCGGGCCCCCCCCCCCAGCCGCCUCCGCCCCCCCCCGGAAGACGGCGGUGAGCAGCACCCCGAGGUGACACCCCUGCCCAGAGGAGCUCGGGGUGCCCGGACUGCCCCCGCCCCGUCCUGCUGCAUGGGUGAGGAAGGGGGGAGCUGGGGAAACUGAGGCAUGGCGGGGCAGGACUGGGCCCCCCCCCCAGGGAGGAGGCAGAGGCGCAGGCUGGAUUUUGCUUUAAUUACAAAAGGUCACAUCAGCAGUAGGAAACCUCCCCCUCUGGCCCCCCCCCCCCCCCAGCACCCAGGGGUCCCUCACCACCCCCCCCCAAACACCCUCCGCCAGGUACCACCCACCCCUGGGUGCCACCGCCUGAGCCUCACCCCUGGGGGGGUCAAAGUAUUGGGGGAGGGCCCAGACACCCCUGCACCCCCCCCAAGUGUUCCCCCCUGCCAUGUGCCCCCCCCCGCCCCCCACCUGGGGGGGGGGGGUCGGCACCAUGGGGGGGUUUAUAUAUCCUUUUUUUUGUACUUUUCAUGUAUUUUUUAAAUAAAACCCUCCAUUGGGCAUGGGGGCUGUGGAC